AUGGGUGGAAACCCUAAUUGGUGGACAACUUCUUUAGCUGAACAGCCUCAGACAUGGAGCCAAUUUGUCAUAGGCGAAGAACAUAGGGUUUUCAACCAAACCCAGAUGACUCAUUAUCAUCCAACAAAGUUGGAGAAUUUCCAACACCAAAUCUUCAACAACAAUCCAAACUUUGCUCACUUUUCAUGUAAUACUAACAACCCACAUCACGGGAGCAACCGUGUCGUCUCCGGCGGUGGCAGUGGCGCCCCCGACCCCGACCGCUCGUUGGAGUCGAAUCGCUCCGCUGUCGUCGGCGGUGGCGCGUGUAAGAAAGCUAGGGUUCAUCCGCCAUCUUCAACCCAACCACCUUUAAAGGUGAGGAAGGAGAAGCUCGUAGAUCGAAUUACAGCUCNCGAAGAACAUAGGGUUUUCAACCAAACCCAGAUGACUCAUUAUCAUCCAACAAAGUUGGAGAAUUUCCAACACCAAAUCUUCAACAACAAUCCAAACUUUGCUCACUUUUCAUGUAAUACUAACAACCCACAUCACGGGAGCAACCGUGUCGUCUCCGGCGGUGGCAGUGGCGCCCCCGACCCCGACCGCUCGUUGGAGUCGAAUCGCUCCGCUGUCGUCGGCGGUGGCGCGUGUAAGAAAGCUAGGGUUCAUCCGCCAUCUUCAACCCAACCACCUUUAAAG